AUAUUUUGCCCGAAGUAGCUUGAAGCACCGGGGGUUCUAAAAGAAGCACCAAGCUUACCAAUGGAGGGACGCUGACGGCAGGAAGAGGGCGCCCAAGAGCCUAGUUGGUGAGUCUGCUAACCCGGAUGCUGGAUGGUGCUGAGGCUGGUCCCAGCAAAUAGGGCGGAUGCUGGCGUUCCCUCGUCUGUUUACUCAUCUUUAUGCAUCUUAAAUGCGACUCCACAUGGAGGUUUGUGGUCCAGUACACCCUUGGUGAACGACAUACCAGGGGAGCCGCAGGGAAGUGAAGCUGCCCUCCUGCACUGCGCAGCAGCAGAAGCCCACACCAAGCCGGGCAGGCAGGGCCUCAUUCGAUUCGGCUUCACGAGUGGAGUGGAGGAUGCUGGCUGGCUGAGUUGAUCGAGCAGGUAGAAGCAGACGAAGCAGGGGCUUUUGGAGGUGGGGAAACACAGCAGGAUGCACAGCAUGACCGACACAGAGGAGGCUGCUCUGGGUGAUCCGAAGCCGGCUGCAGAGGCCACCGAGGCGGGUUCCAUGACACAGCACGAGGAGGCCCUGUUGCAAGAGGAGAUGGACAGACUUUUGGAGGAAAACGACAUCCUUAAGUGUGAGAUAGAGGAGAUGAGGGCCGAGAUGGACGAGAUGCGGGACACAUUCUACGAGGAGGACACCUGUCAGUUGCAGGAAAUGCGUCGGGAGAUGGAGAGAGCCAACAAAAACUGCCGGAUUCUGCAGUAUCGCCUGCGCAAGGCAGAGAGGAAGCGACUGCGUUAUGCCCAGACGGGCGAGAUCGACGAGGAGCUUCUCAGGAGUCUGGAACAGGACCUGAAGGUUGCCAAGGACGUGUCGGUGAGGCUGCAUCACGAGCUGGAGAAGGUGGAGGAGAACCGCACCAAAACCGAGGAGGAGAAUGAGAAACUGCGGCAGAAUCUUAUCGAGGUGGAGGUGACCAAACAAGCUCUGCAGAACGAGCUGGACAAAUCCAAGGAGAAGAGACGAGGCGGCAAGGACAUCCAGAAGACGGACAAGAAAGCAGCACAGACUCCCACUGAGGAGGACAACGAGGACCUGAAGUGCCAGCUGGCCUUGAUCAAAGAGGAGGCCAUACUUAUGAGGAGGAAGACGGCCACCAUCGACAAAGAGAAGGACCGCCUGGAGCAGGAGCUGCAGAAGUACCGCUCCUUCUAUGGCGAACUGGACAGCACCCAUCCCAAAGGUGAGGCCGGGGGGCCUCCGUCCACCCGUGAGUCGGAGCUGAAGCUACGUCUCCGCCUGGUAGAGGAGGAGGCCAACAUCUUGGGCAGGAAAAUUGUAGAACUUGAGGUGGAGAACCGAGGCCUGAGAUCUGAGCUGGAUGACCUCCGCGGUGAGGGCGAAGGGGAGGGAAGCUCUGGGGGCGGGGUGAUGGGUGGCUCGGGCACGGGGCGAGGGCUUGGGGACGACCUGACGGAGCUCAGGCAGCAGCUGCAGCUGGUGGAGGACGAGGCCGAGCUCUUGAGGAGGAACCUCGCAGAUGCGGAGGAGCAGAACCAGAGGGUGACCACCGAGCUGAACAAGCUGCGGUUCAAAGCCGGCACCCACGAAGGUGGGGGCCGGCAUGGAGGAGGAGUCUCGGGAGGAACCGGGACGGAGGGAGUAAAGGCAGAGGCUCUGCAGGAGGAGCUGAAGGCGGCCAGGCUUCAAAUCAACGACCUAAGUGGCAAGGUGAUGCAGCUGCAAUACGAGAACCGCGUGCUGCUGUCCAACAUGCAGCGCUACGACCUGGCCUCCCACCUUUCCCUGCGGCCCAGUCCGAGGGACAGUGAUGCCGAGAGCGACGCCGGCGGCGGUACCAGCGGUCGCCGUGAAAGCGACGAGGACUCCACGUCGUCCCGCCUGCUGCCGCCUCACCGCAAACGCGAGGGCCCCGUCGGCGGGGAGAGCGACUCGGACGAAGUCAGGAACAAUAACGGCAGCAACCGUUGCUUGACUCCUACGAGGGGCCUCCUCACCCCCACCGGACCAGAGGGCGCCGCCUCUCCCACUUUAUCCCGCCUCCUUCCUGGCGGCCGGUGCAGCCUACACGACAGGCAGCAAAUGAUUGACAUCCGAGUGGAAGCGGAGAGGCUCGUUCGGACCAUCGACCGCCUCAUCGCCGACACGGCGGCCAUCAUCUCAGAGGCGAGGGUCUACGUAUCCAAUGGCGAUCUCGUCCCAGGAGGGGAUGACGGCGCCGAGGAUGACGGGAGCCGAAUUAGGGAGCAUGAGCUGCUGUACCGCAUCAACGCCCAGAUGAAAGCCUUCCGGAAAGAACUGCAGGCCUUCAUAGACAGACUGGAAGUACCCAGGCUGGGAGAGCGGGACAGCGAGGAGCCGCUGUCGAUGUUCCAGCCUAUCAUUUUGCUCAUCCUCAUACUCGUGUUGUUCUCCUCCCUCUCGUACGCCACCAUCUUUAAACUCGUCUUUCUUUUCACCCUCUUCUUUGUUCUGUGAUUGGACGCCCCCUUCUUUUCUUCUUCAUCUCCGUUAAUCCCUCGCCUCUUCUUCUCUGUUGAUUUGAAUUUUUUUGUUUUUUUUUUCCAACCUAACCCCCCUUCACCGCAUUAUUUGUUGCCAAGGUUACCAAAAGCACAGGGAAAGCUCAAGCUGGUGUCCCAGCCGGGCAUCAGUCCCAGAAGAAGGUGAGUUUGUGGCUCCAACAUGUCUGUCUUGGGUGACAAUUGUUGUUUUACCGCAACAAUAACAUUACUGCCAUGUAUAUAAUCCAUUUAGCUUAGCCGCUGUUAGCAUUAAAGCCUACGCGCAGCUACAUUGCUCUUAAUUCAAUUUUCAAAUAUGAUACAUGUGGUCUUCAGGUUUAGUACAAGUUCCUAGACGGCGACGCAAGUCGAGUUUUGGUGUACAGUCGCCCCUCGCAUAUUUAUAUGCAUACUAACAUGAAUAUUUAAGCAAAUUGCACUUAUUCUUGGCCUAAAUGAAGCAUUUUCAAGCAUUAAAUGGCUAAAUGAACUACAAUACAGAUGUAAGGCAGACGAAGCCUUUUAAUUCUGACUGUAGUAUUCAACAUUGGCCACCAGGUGUCAGUAAUUGUUCGGUGAGACAAGCACCAGACGUGAUCGCCGGGUUUAAAUGAUCUCACAACAGGCGCAAUAAUAAUAACAUGGGCUACUGUCAGGGGGCCAUAACCCACGACAAGCUAAAACCAACUCUGAACCUUCGACGUCACUUCCUGUCCUCUACAUAGCUAUCCGCCCCCCACUAAGGUCCCCGACGGAGCACAUUCACUGUGACACACGAGUGGGAGUUUUAUUUACAUCUUAAAUGUUUCAUUUACUCUUAUUAUGUACGUGUACGUGUUCCCGAAAGACACAACGAGACACAACUCGGACACCACCUUCCAGUUUUGCCAUGAGUUAUUUCUUGAAUUCAACUCAAUUCAAUCGUGUUUUUCACCUUCUUGAUCAAAAUGCUGGCACUUGAAACUUUCUGUGGCUCCAUUUUGGGUGAUUUGAGGUGAGAAACACCAUUGGAUUCGAGAAAUAACUCAUGGCAAAACGGGAAGGUGGCGUCCGUCCGCGUGGUGUCUCGCUGCCGCAUCGUGUCUUUGGGAACAGUCACAGCAAGAAUCACGUCAUCAAUGAAGGCAAAAGAACAGUUUUCCCUUGUUUAUCGCAGGGGGAUAGGUUCCUAAAAUAGGCCGCGAUAAGUGAAAGGAGCCAACUUCAUUUUUGUACAGUGAUUAUGUUUUAAGGCUGUAAAACCUCUCCCCAUACACUUGAUACACUUUUUUCAGACAGGCGUUAACAUUUUCUCACCUUUAAACACUCUCAAAAAAGUUUUGUUUUAAUUUUAAUGAUCAACCUUAAUGAUCAACACAAGAAAUGAUAGUCACUCACGCAUAUUUCGAUCCCGCUCCGCUGUACAAUAUCGUUUUUCUAUCCUUGUUAAAACAUAUUGCUGCAAACGAACCGAAGAUUCAUUUACAAGCUAGCAAGCAAGCUAGCAAUGACGCAGGAGACAUGGCAGGACGGCACAAAGGAAAAUGAUUGACAGUGGUCUACAGCCAGGUGCAGACAGACGAGAGAGGGAAGAGAUAGACACACAACUGCCCACAAUGCAAUUCUUCUUAAAGGGCCAGGCUCGGCCUGUAACAGCGUUCAUAGGCUGUAAUUUAAAAAAAAAAAAAAAAAAGAAGCAGCACAAAAAAAAAAUUCUGUGAAAGGUGAACCGCGAUAGAGCGAGGGAACACUGUAACUUUAAAUGUUGAGUGAUCCCUUUCGUUCAUCAUUUACAUGUACUGUAUUUACUGCAUAUGCAUUUGGAAUGUAAAACUAUAAUUAGAAAACUAUAAAAGCGUGUUUUGUGUUAACAUUUUUUUUAGUUUAUUCUUGUAAAAUUGUGACUUUUAUUGUCACGAGAAUACGACUUUUUUAUUGUAAAAUUACAGCUGUUUUUUUGCAUUUUGGCAGUUGUUUUUUAAUUUUAAUUUUAAUUAACAUUUUUCAACUUUCGUGUAAAUUUUCUUCUCAUAAUUAUGACUUUAUUCCCACAUAUUGUGACAUUUUUCCCAACCUAAUUUUCCAAAAAUUACAAUAUGUGUUUCUCAUGGAAUGUCAAAGAAUGUCUUUUUUCUAGAGUAUUUCAACGCUAUGCUAUUAACAUAAUACUAUUUUUCUUCAUAAUAUUACAAGUUUAUUCUUGUAAAAUUGUGUCUUUUUUUCUUGUUAUAGUGUGACAUUUUUCUCUUCAUAUUUUGAAUUUAUUCUUGUAAAAUUACAGCUGUUUUUUGCUUUUUCUUUUUUUUUUUUACAUUUUUCAACUACGUAUUUCAAGUGUUAAUUUAUCCCUUUUGUUCAUCAUUUACAUGUAUUUAUAUGCAUUUGGAAUGUAAAACUAUAAUUAGAAAACUAUAAAAAUGUGUUUCUUGGCUUUCUGGAACGGGUUCAUUGGACUGACAUGAUUUCUUUCGGGAAAAAUGGAUUCUGACCUCCGGGAACGGAUGAAGGACGCUAACCAAGCUUCCGCUGUCUUGGAAUGCAUUAGAAAAUUGGAGGAAGUGGUGCACUUUUUCGAAUAUUUCUGCCUUCUAAAUAUGCCGUUGAAAGUAACCAAAAUAUUAGGUACCGCUGUUAGGAGCGAUAGGCCUACCGAGCAGUUAUUACACCACUGAAAACCACAAUAUUAAAUAUAUUGUCAAAUUAAAACCUAAUAAUAACAAUAAUGAAUGCUUAGAAUGAUGGCUCCAAGGAAAAGGUGAGGUCGGAACCCCCUCCCCAUGACCUCUAUGUCCCGAUUUAACCUUGCUUGUAAAUACAUUCGCGCUUCAGAGGAGCUCACGGCCGCCGUCAGAUCUUCCUCGCUGGUCAGAAACACAUUACAUACCGUCCCCGCUGUCAUCGCCUCAAGGUAACACGGGGACACUUUGUUUUGAAAUCCCCCCCUUUAACUCCUUGAGGGCACAGCGUUGUCAUCUGUUACGGGGGGCCGCGACAGGUGGAGGAAUGAUGGAGGUGAUCCGGAGGCUUCCAACAUGGGAGGGGUGGGGGGAAAUGCGAUGCCUCCAAGUUCAAGAAUUAGCAAAUGAGGAGCGGUGCGUGGGAGGGGGGGUCAGGCAGAUGAACAGUAGCAACUGUCCACCACGGGUUCAUGUUACAGGAGGAUGUGGGGUGGCAUUCCGCGCGCUUCUGUAGCGUGAAACAUCCGGGAAAUCUGCGUUAUGACUCAAACUUGGCAUAUUUCUUGCUCAUAAAUGACAUGAAAUGGUACAGUUGAGUUCAAAAUGCUUUGGAAGUCGUGCUAGCAUGCGUGGAAUGCACGGAGCUUUAAAGUUGUACGCUGAUUGCACCGGGGUGUCCGAACUUUAUAGUGAAAAACCAAAGGAUGAAACUUUGCCACUUUGAUAUUUUGUAAGAUGAGGUCACAUAUACAGUAUAUUUUUCCAAAACGGCAUGUCAGCUUUGUGAUAUACUGUAGGUGGAAGUGUAUUAUUAGUAUCACAAGUCGCUCUUUUUUCUCCUCAUCUUUUUUUUCCAAAAACAUUUGUAAUCUUCGUAAAUUUGCUUUUCAUUAUAUGAUGACUUUAUUUCAUAGUAUUUGGACUUCAUUGCCGUAAUAUUAUAACUUUCUCCCCUGCCUAAUUUUCCAACUCUAUUUUGUUUCUCCUAUUAUUACAACUUUUGAAAAGUAAAGUAUUUUUUCUUUACUAUUUAUUUAACUCUAUGUUACUAAAAUGAUAUUAUUUUUUCUCACAAUAUUGCAAGUUUGUUCUUGUAAAAUUGAGACUUUUUUUCUCGUUAGAAUAUGACUUUUUUCUCUUAAUAUUUUGACUUUAUUCUUGUAAAAUUACAGCUGUUUUUGUGCCUUUUGGCUGCUGUUUUUUUUUCCAACUAUGUAUUUUAACUUUUACAUUUUCUUCUCAUGAUUAUGACUUUAUUCCCAUAAGUUUUUCAUCAACCCAUUUUUCCAAAAAUCAUAUUUUUUCCUCAUAUUACAACUUAACAUUUAACAUAACUUUUUUUCUUUAAUAUUUCAACUCUGUGCUGCUAAAAUUACAUAAUUUCUUCUUAUUAUAUUCGGAGUUUAUUCUUGUGAAAUUGAGACGUUUUUCUCGUUAGAAUAUGACUUUUUUUUUUUUGCUUAAUAUUUUGACUUUUUGUGCAUUUCAGCUGCUGUUGUUUUUUUUAAAUAAAUUUUCUUCUGGUAAUUAUGAGUUUAUUCCCAUAAUAUUCCCUUUUUUAAAUAUGUCCACUCUGCGCUGCUAAAGUGACAUUAUUUUUCCUUGUAAUGUGUGAGUUUAUUCUUGUAAACUUGUAACUUUUAUUCUCAUUAAAGUACAGCUUUUUUUCUCUUUUCUCGUUGGAAUAUGACUUUUUUUUUUGCUUAAUAUUUUGACUUUAUUCUUGUAAAAUUGCAGCUGUUUUUUGCAUUUCAACUGUUGUUGUUUUUUUAAAUUUAGCUACAUACUUCAGCUUUCUUCUUGUCAAUUUUCUUAUGACUUUAUUCCCAUAUUAUAACUUGUUCAUCAACCCAAUUUUCCAAAAAUUACAUUCGUAAUAUUACAACUUUUUGAAAAAUAACAUAUAUGUUCUCUAAUAUUUCAACUCUAUGCUACUAAAAUGACAUUUAUCCUUAUAAUAUUCAGAGUUUAUGCUUUUAUCGUCGUUAGAAUACAACUUUUUUAUUGUAAAAUUACAGCUGUUUUUUGCAUUUCAGCAGUUGUUUUAUUUUUUAUUUUUGCAACUACGUUUUGCAACUUUCUUUGUGUAAAUGUUCUUCUCAUAAUUAUGAUUUUAUUCCCAUGAUAUUGUGACAUGUUUCCUAACCUCAUUUUCCAAAAAUGACCACGUGUUCUCAUAACAUUCCAACUACUGAAAAAUAGCCUUUUUUCUAGAAUAUAUCAACGCUACGCUAUUAACAUAACAUUGUUUUUCUUCAUAAUAUUAUAAUAUUACAAGUUCUUGUUAUAGUAGGACUUUUUUCUCUUCAUAUUUUGACUUUAUUCUUGUAAAAUUACAGGUUUUUGCUUUUUUUUUUUCUCUCUACAUUUUUCAACUACGUAUUUCAACUUUCAUUCUGACUUUAUUCUCGUACCAAUGUAACUUUUUCCGCAACUUGAUUUUCCAAAAAUUACAACUUUAUUUGUUGUUUUGGUUGUUUCUCAUAACAUUAAGACUUUUUUCCAAAAAAAACCAUCUUUUUUCCUUAAUAUUUCAACCUUAUGACACUACAAUGAUGUUACUGUUCCUCGUUAUUGUCAUAAAAUUAUCGCGUCAGAUAGUUUUUUCUCGAAAUAUUUCGACUUACUGCUGAUUUUUCAAUUUUUCAGUUUUUUUUUUUAGUUUUCUUGUUAAAUUAUAUUUGAUUUAAAAAAUGAUUUCAUAUAUUUCAUUAAAAUAUAUUAUUUUAUGUGCCGCCGGCUAGUCAAUGAGUUAUGGACAAUUAGAUGCUAAGUAAUUUCGCUUUAUGGCGGCCGUGUCAUUCAACCGAGCUUGCUCAAAUUUUACGCACACGUGCGUCUCAGGUCGGUGCCAAAUUUUGUGGUGAUUCGUCUUAACACCCUAAAGUUACAAUGUGUGAGAAAUUUCAAGUCAAUCCGACUUAUGCGGUCUAAUAACAGCGCCACCAUGCACAGUAGGGGUAGUCACAUGACCGUGCUGUAUAAAACUUUCCUCACGCUUGGUGACACAUGAAUGCUGAUAGGACAUGAAAUCAAACAGAAUUACUCACCCACUUGGCGUCCACUGGGAAAAAAAUGGUCGCAUGUCACAAGACAAAAUCUGCCCGGACGCCCGAAAGCGGAGUAGCAACAGAGAAGCUUAUUGGCCGGGAGGUGGCGGCAGGCUUAAAUAGCUAUGUAAACACUUUCCCUCUUCCCACCCUCCCCACCCCCGCCCUUGAGUAUUUUUAGCCAGGGUGCUGGUGACGACAGUUGUCCCGUUGCAAGCUUCACAUGCUGGAAUAAAUUUGACAUUAUGAUAUUG